AUUAUUUGGGAGCUCGCCCACGUGUCCCACAGAGUGCGCCUCCAUUGUAUCCGCCGGUUAAUCUGCACGAUACCUCCUCCAAAGUAUAGUCGCCUGGUACUGCCGGUUGAGUUUAUCCGAAACGUUUAUCCGAUUAUAUCCGGGUUAUCUCGGUCGGUUAAUCCAUAAUGAGUUACUACGAUCUACUAACGAUUUCGCUUUGCGUGGGCUUUGUACAGUGUUAUAAUUAUAAUCAGAAUAGCUAUUAUUAUGAAAAUCACAAAUAUUGUGACGACCUAUCGCCGUAUUACGGUGAUAUUAAUUUAGAUCAGAUAUCCGGUGUAUGGUACGGUGUAGAAAAAAUUCCACAUUCAAAAGGAGAAUAUAAAAUAGAGCAUACACAGGAGUGCUUCUAUAUUGAUAUUAAGGAACUUUAUAUACAGCCUACACCGCCGACACCGUACCCAACAUUGACGAAUAUGCCGUACGUGAAUCAUCAGUAUGGACUACAGGAGCAGUACCGCAUUAGGCAUUUUGUCCUUGAAUGGCAUGAGGGACUUUGGCAAGACGACUAUCACAUCAAGGUUAAUACAUCUCACAAAGGAUUCUGGCCUACUGACGUGCCAAGUGGAACGGUCGAGAAACAGUAUCGCUUCUUCGGCGGUGUUAUCCAAGUAUUAAAAGUGGCGAAUAAUCACUUAGUACUGAAUUUCUGUAUGAGGCUACCUCACUCCCAGCUGUAUAGUGUGGUGCUGUCGAGGAACGAGAACCAGCUCACGCAGGAGGACCUGGCCAGUAUCCAUAACGUGUUCACUAUGAAACACUUGUCGACGUCGGCUUUGAAGAGAGUCUGUGAAAACUCAGCAACAAAUAUUAAAAUUUCCAGUUUCCUUUUUAUAUUUAUUUUAUUUUCGUACUGGAGAUCUUUCUUUUAAAGUUAAUGUCUGUAUGAUAGUAUUGAAAUAUCAUAAGUAUUACUAUGUAUUGUAGGUACAUGUACAUAAUGUUAUGUGUGUGUUAUAUAAUAUUAAUAUAUUGUGUGCCUAAUAUUUUUGUACGAAUUUUCAAUGAUUAGUAAA